AUCCACUGCCCUGCUGUAAACUGGAAGUGAAACCAUCAGAGUGUGUGUGUGUGGGCGUGGGACACUUUAACUGUUUGACAGCAUGCCUUCUGAGCUAUAUUUUAUUAAUUUUUUCCCUCAGUGGACGGGAAAUAUGUAAGGGAAGUUAUAGAUAGAAUUGUGUAAGAGGGGAAUUCGAAGAGCAGCUUUAGUUUUAAACCUGAUAAAACUUAUCAGAAGGCAACAGCACGCUGAAGACACCAUGCCUUCUCACUUUUUGUUAUGCCCUCUCCAGCCAUCACAGACAGAUGAGUCUUCCUCCCUCUCUCCCUCCCUCCCUUCCUUUAGAAAGGAGAAACCUCUGGGCGUGGUUGGUAGCUGCUGUGUUUUGAUUGGAUGCUCUCCCAGGCAUACAUUAUCACCCGUUGGACACGUCCUUGCUCCGCCCAGAUAACGCACUUGAGCUGAAAGGCUCCGCCUACUGUUGUCAAAUCAUCACAUCAAAGUGUUCAGUGCAUCCUGCAUGAACAGACAGGUAGUGAGGUUGGCCUCUCGCUGUGUGAAAGCUCAAGUGAACUUUAGGUUACGUUUUGCAAAGUGCUCACAGCUGCCCUGUGGCAUGUGGAAUACAGGCAGGUGGAAGAAAGCAGUGACUGGAUCUACAGGUGCUCACUUUUACCUAAUUCCAGCAUUUGUCAUCUUGGAUUUACUGCCAACAGCUUCUGCACUACGAUAAAAGAUCAUAUCCACUUCGUCUGGGUGCUUGUGUAUAUAGAGACUUCGAGUUUUAACUGACACGACAAAGAGGAACCUGUGGUGAAGUCCAAGUUUGACAAGCUGUGGUUUUGCUUGGGCGGAGGAGCUGUUCUGCGGUCGUCUGUUCUGUCCAGGCGGCCUGAUUCCUCAGAGGUGAUGGUGGGUGGCAGGGCUGUAACCGUGCGCCCGCACAGGCGCCUGGAGUGAAAGUGUCUCAGUGCAAACAUGGAAUUCCUCAAGAGCCUCGUUCCCACGGUCAUCUCCGGGGACGGCGGGCUGCCGGCAACAGACGCGGGGGGAGUGUGCCCACGGGAGACCGGCCCUCGCUUGCUGAGGGUGAAGAGGCUGGUUUCACAGGCCAAUGAAGAGGAGCAAGAUGGAUCCAGCCUGACUAACCGGCCGGCUGUCCGUCUUCAACGACAUCGUGCCAAAGCCUCUGUCCCUGUCAGCAACAGCAGUGUGAGUAGGCGAGGAACAUCCCCCUCAGCCCCGGGCAGCUGGGAGAAGCGUAGCAUCCACCCCGCCACCAUGUCCAGUAUCACCAUCGACCCCGAGCUCAAGCCCGGGGAGUUUGUCAUCAAGAGCCUCUUCGCAGAGUUCGCUGUGCUCGCCGAGAAGAAGAUUGAGGUGGUCAUGGCUGAACCACUGGAGAAGCCCCUUUCCCGCUCACUGCAAAGAGGAGAAGAUGCACAAUUUGAUCAGUUAAUAAGCUCUAUGAGCUCCAUAGCAGAACACUGUUUGCCUUCGCUGUUGCGGACGUUGUUUGACUGGUACAGAAGACAGAGCGGGACAGAAGACGAGUCGUACGAGUACAGACCUCGCUCCAGCACCAAGUCCAAAGGAGAUGAACAGCAUCGGGAUAAAGACUACCUACUGGAGCGAAGGGACUUAGCCAUAGACUUCAUUUUUUGUUUAGUUUCAGUGGAAGUUUUGAAACAGAUCCCCCUUCAUCCUGUGCCAGACGCCUUGGUACAAGAAGUCCUUAACCUGGCAUUCAAGCACUUUAAACACAAAGAGGGGUACUCAGGCCCCAACACUGGUAAUGUGCACAUCAUCGCUGACCUCUACGCUGAGGUCAUUGGAGUACUUGCCCAGUCCAAGUUCCAGGCAGUGCGUAAGAAGUUCAUCACAGAGCUGAAGGAACUGAGGCUGAAGGAGCAAAGUCCUCAUGUGGUGCAGAGCAUCAUCAGCCUCAUCAUGGGCAUGAAGUUCUUCAGAGUCAAAAUGUACCCCGUUGAGGACUUUGAAGCUUCUUUCCAGUUCAUGCAGGAAUGUGCUCAGUAUUUCCUGGAGGUGAAGGACAAAGAUAUCAAACAUGCACUGGCUGGCCUGUUUGUUGAGAUCCUCAUCCCUGUAGCUGCUGCGGUGAAGAAUGAAGUGAAUGUGCCCUGCCAGAACUUCGUAGAGAUGCUCUACCAGACAACCUUUGACCUCAGCUCAAGAAAGAAGCACUCACUGGCAUUGUAUCCAUUGGUCACAUGUCUGCUGUGUGUUAGUCAAAAGCAGUUCUUUCUCAAUAACUGGCACAUCUUCCUUCAGAACUGCCUUUCCCACCUAAAGAACAAAGAUCCCAAAAUGUCUCGUGUAGCACUGGAGCUUUACCGGCUGCUCUGGGUUUAUAUCAUCAGGAUCAAGUGUGAGAGCAACACAACCACACAGAGUCGUCUCCUCAGUAUUGUAACAGCACUUUUCCCAAAGGGCUCUCGCAGCGUGGUGCCCAGGGACACACCCCUCAACAUCUUUGUUAAGAUCAUUCAGUUUAUUGCUCAGGAACGGCUGGACUUUGCCAUGAAAGAGAUCAUCUAUGACCUGCUGUGUGUUGGCAAGUCCCAAAAGACUUUCACCAUUAAUCCAGAGAGGAUGAAUAUUGGUCUGCGGGCCUUCCUGGUAAUAGCUGACAGCUUACAACAGAAGGACGGCGAGCCGCCCAUGCCCACUACAGGUGUCAUCUUACCCUCAGGCAACACACUGCGAGUCAAAAAGAUCUUCCUCAACACCACUCUCACAGACGAGGAAGCCAAGGUCAUCGGUAUGUCUCUGUAUUACCCUCAGGUUAGGAAGGCCCUAGACAACAUCCUGAGGCAUCUGGAUAAAGAGGUGGGACGAUCCAUGAGCAUGACCAACGUUCAGAUGUCCAACAAAGAGCCAGAGGACAUGAUCACUGGGGAGCGUAAACCGAAGAUUGAUCUGUUCCGGACAUGUGUAGCUGCUAUUCCCAGACUAAUCCCAGACGGCAUGAGCAGACAGGAUCUCAUUGAGCUACUGGCCAAACUGACCAUCAAUAUGGAUGAGGAGCUGCGUGGUCUGGCGUUCACCAGUCUGCAGGCUCUGAUGGUGGACUUCCCAGACUGGAGAGAGGAUGUGUUGUCUGGUUUUGUGUAUUUCAUUGCGAGGGAGGUGACUGACAUUCACCCCACGCUACUGGACAACGCUGUCAAGAUGCUGCUGCAGCUCAUCAUACAGUGGAGACAGGCAGUACAGAGCAGCAGCCGCAGCCAUGAUUCACAGAGCCCAUCUCUCCCUCUGGAGCGAUCUCCUCUCUGGACGGUUCUGCAUGUGGUGGAGGGUCUGGCUCUGGUCGUGCUGUGCAGCUGUCGACCAGCAACACGCAGACUCGCUGUCAAUGUCCUCAAAGAAGUCCGAUCACUGCACACGGCCCUCGGCAUCGCUAAGGGAGAUGAGGAGUUGGCUAUAGACGUGAUGGACAGAUUGAGUGCUUCAGUCCUUGAGAGCUUUAUUCACCUUACUGGGGCCGAUCAGACGAAUCUACUGUACUGUCCCAGUGGAAUAGACCUUCAGACUCUGGCAGAGUGGAGCUCAUCUCCCAUCAGCCAUCAGUUUGAUGUGGUAAGCCCCUCCCACAUCUGGGUGUUUGCCCACGUGACUCAAGGUCAGGACCCCUGGGUCAUCAGUCUGUCUAGUUACCUGCGGCAAGAACACCUGCCCAAGCACUGCCCCACUGCGCUGAGCUACGCCUGGGUCUUUGCCUCCACACGCCUUCAGCUGCUCUCGCCACAAGUCGACAUCAACAGCCCGAUCAAUGCUAAGAAGGUGAACAGCAUGAGCAGCAGCAGUGACUCAUAUGUGGGCCUUUGGAGGAACUACCUAAUCCUCUGCUGCAGCUCUGCCACCUCUUCCACAUCUUCAUCCUCAUCGGCCCCCGGCUCUGUCCGCUGCUCCCCACCUGAGACGCUGGCAUCCACCCCAGACAGCGGAUAUAGUUACGACUCAAAGAUCAUUAGCAUUCCGUCCCCUUCCUCCUUGUUCAAGCAUGUGGUUCCCAUGAUGCGCUCUGAGAGCAUGGACAUCACUGAGUCUCUCGUUCUGGGGCUUGGCCGGACCAACCCUAUUGCCUUCAGAGAGCUAUUGGAGGAAUUAAACCCCAUCAUUAAAGAGGCACUUGAGAGAAGGCCAGAGAACAUGAAGCGACGCCGGCGUCGUGACAUUCUCAGAGUCCAGCUGGUCCGGAUUUUUGAGCUGCUGGCCGAUUCUGGAGUCAUCAGUCAGAUUGCAAGUGGUGGUCUGGACGGGGAGUCUCACUCUCUGAACAGCACUCUGCUGGAAUACGUGGAUCUCACCCGACAGCUUCUGGAGGCUGAGAACGACAAAGAUUCAGACACACUGAGAGACAUCCGCUCUCACUUCAGUGCCCUAGUGGCCAACAUCAUACAGAAUGUACCAGUGCAUCAGAGGAGGAGUAUAUUCCCUCAGCAGUCACUGCGACAUAGUUUGUUCAUGCUCUUCAGUCAUUGGGCUGGACCCUUCAGCAUCAUGUUCACACCACUGGACCGAUACAGCGACCGCAACAUGCAGAUCAACAGACACCAGUACUGUGCACUGAAGGCCAUGUCUGCGGUGCUGUGUUGUGGUCCGGUGGCUGAUAAUGUUGGCCUGUCCUCUGAUGGGUAUCUGUAUAAGUGGCUGGACAAUAUUCUAGACUCUCAAGACCGCAAGGUGCAUCAGUUGGGUUGUGAGGCAGUGAUGUUGUUAUUGGAGCUGAACCCAGACCAGAGCAAUCUGAUGUUCUGGGCGGUGGAUCGCUGCUACACUGGCUCACGCAGAGUCGCUGCAGGCUGCUUCAGAGCCAUCGCCAAUGUCUUUCACAACAGGGAUUACCAUUUUGACACCGUGGUUCUGCUGAAUCUAAUCCUGUUUAAAGCUGCAGACUCUUCCAGAGACAUCUAUGAGGUCGCCAUGCAGCUACUGCAGAUCCUGGAGCCCAAACUGUUCCGUUACGCCCAUAAACUGGAGAUCCAGCGUACUGACGGGGUCUUGACUCCAGCCUCUCCCCUCCCUCACCUGUACUCAGUGUCCUACUACCAGCUCAGUGAAGAACUGGCACGGACCUACCCUGAACUCACCCUUCCUAUCUUCUCAGAGGUGAGUCAGAGAAUCCAGACAGCGCACCCUGGUGGCCGGCAGGUGAUGCUGCAUUAUCUCCUACCCUGGAUGAACAAUGUGGAGCUGGUGGACUUCAAGCCUUCAACUCAACGUCAAGAGGAACCUUCGUCGAUGGAGGAAGAGGAGGACGCCCAUGAGAGAGAGAUGAUGAUGGUGAACAGCCGUCGCUGGCUAAGAGGAGAGGGAUGGGGUUCACCACAUGCCACUACCAUGAUCCUCAACAACCUCAUGUUCAUGACUGCAAAGUAUGGUGAUGAAUUUGCAUGGUCAGAGAUUGAGAACGUCUGGACCACUUUAGCUGACAGCUGGCCAAAAAACCUAAAGAUCAUCCUGCACUUCCUUAUCGGCAUGUCUGGAGUCAACAGUGAACCAAGUCUCCUGCCUUAUGUCAAGCGUGUUGUGGUAUAUCUGGGCAGAGAUAAGACGAUGCAGCUGCUGGAGGAGUUAAUGUAUGAGCUGGAGCUAACAGACCCUGUAUCCUCAGCUGUCACUCAUAUGGAUAACCCACCUUACUACCGCAUUACUUCUUCUUACAAGAUCCCUUCUGUUACAUCGGGAACAGCGUCUAGUAGUAACACCAUGGUACCUGGACAUGAUGGACAGCAUGAGAGCAAAAAAGAUUCCAACACUCUGCACAGUUACACACAUUUGGACAUCUACACUGGUCUGAACAGUAAUCUGAACAGACAGCACCAUCGACUGGAGUCCCGUUACAGCAGCAGCUCAGGAGGAUCUUAUGAGGAGGAGAAGAGUGACUCUAUGCCUGUCUAUGCUAACUGGCGUCUAAAGGUGAUGGACCAUAACCGGCCAGAGCCCCUCCCAUUUCCUCCCACUGGCGGCUGCUGGUCACCACUGGUCGAUUACCUGCCUGAGACCACUACUCCUGGAGUCUCCCUGCACAGAUGUAACAUUGCUGUGAUCUUGCUGACCGACCUCAUUGUAGACCACGGGGUCAAAGUGGAAUGGAGCUCAUACCUUCACCUGCUACUGCAUGCCAUCUUUAUAGGUUUUGACCACCAGCACCCUGAGGUCUAUGAGCACUGCAAGCAUUUACUGCUCCACCUGCUGGUCGUCCAGGGCACCAACAGCAGUGUCCAGUCACUAGCAUCUGUACUUCUCCGCAACCGUGAGCUGAACGAGCCAAGAGUUCUGACAGUCAAGCCCACUCUUCAGGAGUUCAACCUCACAGGUGUAAUAGAGCUGAUGCCAGACUACCAGUCUUCUCCAAUGACAGACUCUGGCCUGAGCUCCAUCUCCACAUCCUCUAGCAUCAGUCUGGGCAGCUCGGCACUGCCUCACCUCCCCCCUACUCUCCUUAAUGAAGUGGACCUGUCUGCAGAGCAGGAUGAGAAGGUCAAAAACCUCAUUGAGUUCAUCAGCUCAAGGAAGCGUGGUCCGCUGUGGAACCACGAAGACGUCUCUCCCAAAAACCCCAACAUCAAGAGUGCUGAUCAGCUUAGUGUAUUCCUCCGUCAUGUUGUCAACGUCUUCAAACAGACACCGUCCGGUUACCAGUUGGAGCAGGAGCUGAGUGAAGUUGCUCUGCAGACAGCUCUGUCUUGCUCAUCACGGCAUUACGCUGGUCGCUCUUUCCAGAUCUUCAGAGCACUGAAGCAGCCACUCACAGCCUCCACACUGUCAGACGUGCUUUCUCGUCUGGUAGAGACUGUGGGAGAUCCAGGGGAAGAGGCUCAGGGUUUUGUUAUUGAGUUGCUGUUGACGCUAGAGGCUGGGAUAGACACUCUGGCUGAAACCAUGAAGAACUACGACCUGCUCACUGCACUCUCACAGGCCUCCCAUGAUCCUCUGCAGGGCACCAAGUUUGCUAAUAACAGGAAAAGUACCGGUCAGCUGAACCUUGGCAGUGGAAGUUUCUUGCAGGUCCAUUACAGCCACGCUCGCAGCAACUCCCUCCGUGCCAGUCUGAUGGGUGAACGCUUGGGAGACCGUCGCCGCAGCAACACCCUUGAUGUAGCCGACCGGUUGGGUGGCAGCCACGGAAAUCUAGCCCGCACACGGAGCUUAUCAUCAUUACGAGAGGAUGGUGUCCGUGGCGAUGGAGGAAGUGCAGCGGGAGGAGGUGGAACUGGAGGAGGAUCUGGUGAGGUGGUGCCACCAACUGACCCCACCAACCUGAUGGCAACGGUCUUCUGGAUUGCAACGUCACUACUGGAGUCCGAUUAUGAGUUUGAGUACUUGCUUGCGCUCAGGCUGCUGAACCGACUCCUGGCCCAGAUGCCCCUGGAGAAGGCGGACAGUAGGGAGAAGCUGGAAAGAGUGCAGGCCAAACUGAAGUGGUACAACUUCCCCGGCCUCCUGACGCUCUUCCUGAAGGGUUUCACUUCUGCUGCAACGCAGGAGCUCACGAUUCACCUCCUCAGUAAACUCAUCACUGUGUCCCGUCACACACUCAUAGACCCCUCACAGCUAGCAGGUUUUCCUCUGAAUGUCCUGUGCCUGCUGCCGCACCUGGUCCAGCACUUUGACAACCCCACAGGGUUCUGUAAGGAGACUGCUGAUCGGAUCGCUAAAGUGUGCGCUGAAGAAAAGUCAGCCACACUGGCCAACCUGGCACACAUGAUGAGCUUGUACUCAACGCACAGUUACUCGCGAGACAGCACCAACUGGAUCAACGUGGUGUGUCGCUACUUGCACGACUCCUUCUCUGAAAUCACCUUUAACCUGGUCACAUACCUAGCUGAGGUGAGAUGAAUUUGAUUGACGAACAUCGAGUCAUACAUGUGGAGGUGUUUUUUAUAGAUAUUAUAUAGUGUAUUGUGUGUUAUUGACCUGUCUGCUGCUCCUGUCAAACAGUUCAACUUGGAAAUCAUGAAGAUCAUUGGCAAAUAUGUACAGAGCCUGUACUGGAAGGAGGCCCAGAACAUUCUGAAGUUGGUGGUGUCCCGCUCUGCAAGUCUGGUGGUUCCCGAUGAGGUGCAGCGCUCCUACAGCACAGAGUCGACCGGCUCCCCGGAGAUCGCUUUCACACGCAUAUUCAACAACUCAUCUAAAGAACUGCCAGGAAAAACAUUGGACUUCCACUUUGACAUCUCAGAGACACCUAUUAUAGGUCAUAAGUAUGGAGACCAGCGAAGUGCAGCAGGGCGUAAUGGAAAACCGCAGGUAAUUGCCGUGACGAGAAGCACCUCGUCUACUUCCUCUGGCUCCAAUUCAAAUGGGCUGGUGCCAGUCAGCUGGAAGAGGCCACAGCUCUCACAGAGAAGAACCCGGGAGAAACUGAUGAAUGUCCUAUCUCUGUGUGGCCCAGAGUCCGGCCUGCCUAAAAACCCCUCUGUGGUGUUCUCUUCAAAUGAGGAUUUGGAUGCAGGUGACCAACAGACCAGUCUGAUCCCUACUGUAGAGGAAGUGACACGGGAGGAGGAAGUGCAAGCAGAGGAUGCAGGAAGUGAACAGCAGUUUGGUGUCUUCAAGGACUUUGACUUCCUGGAUGUUGAGUUGGAGGAUGGAGAGGAGCUUCAGGGGGAGAGCAUGGACAACUUCAACUGGGGUGUGAGACGCCGCUCUCUGGAAAGCAUUGACAAAGGUGACACGCCGUCUCUGCAGGACUGCCAGUAUUCCGGCAGCACACCCAGUCUCAUCCAGCCGGAGGACACCGAUGAGUCAUCUGAGGAGGAGGUACUGAGCGCUAGCCAGAUUCUCACCCGCUCCAACCUCCUUAAUAGUGAUUCAGCGACUGAUGACGCCAUAUCCAAUCAUAUGGACUCCCUCCAGCAGUCGCAAGAAUCCUCCAGUAGUGUCUUGACUGAAGAGGCCAUGCCUACCCCACCGCUGCCCCGCCCAGAAAGCCCCACCCAUGAGACCGCCCACUCUGACAGCAAUAGCAGCCAGCUGCCUGAGGAUGCGAGUGUAACUGCAACAGAUGAAUUAAGCAGCAGUGUCAGUGAGGAUACAGGGUUUGGAAGUGCCCCUCUUUUACCCUCAGACCACCCUGAGCUUUGUGACUUACCUGACUCCCAGGACCCCACCUACGACCUGGACCCAGCACCCCCUCCGCCACCAGCUGUGGACAGCCCGCCUGGAUCCCUUUUUGAUGACGAGCCGGUGCUGCCUCCCCCUGUCAUAGACUCCACCUUGGACUUCAUGUGCGAGGAGGAGACAGUUCUGCCCCUGGCUCUGGACUCGGCCCCUGAUUCAGUAUGUGAGGAGGACGUGACCCUGGCUCUGAAAGAGCUAGAUGAUAGAUGUGAGGAAGAAGAGGCAGAUUUUUUCGGCAUGUCCAGUCAAGAUGAGGGUGAUGCAGACGGCUUUCCUGAACUCCAGGCCUCACCACCUCCGUCGCCCUUUCUUUCGGCUAUUUUGGCAGCAUUCCAGCCCGUAGCCUAUGACGACGAAGAGGACGCCUGGCGUUGCCAUGUCAACCAGAUGUUGUCAGACUCAGAUGGGUCUUGUGCUGUUUACACCUUCCAUGUGUUCUCAAAACUCUUCCAGCACAUUCAGAGGAAAUUUGACUUGAUUACCCAUUCCUCAGUACGAUUCCUCGGUGAGGGGCUGCAACGAAUGGGAAACCAGUUCCUCAGCUCUCUAGAGGUCAUGACCUCCUGCUCCCAGUGUCCUACAGUCCUACUGGAUGCUGAAACUCUGGUCUCCUGUGGGCUCUUGGAGACUCUGAAGUUCAGUGUGUUGGAGUUACAAGAGCAUCUGGACACUUACAACAGCAAGAGAGAAGCAGCCAAACAGUGGUUGGAUAACUGCAGAAAGACCUUCGGUGAUAAAGACCAGCGACCCAACUCUCAAGCUCAGCAAAUGGAAAUGCUAGCAGAGCUGGAGUUGUGUCGACGGCUGUAUAAGCUGCAUUUCCAGCUCCUGCUGCUCUUUCAGGCCUACUGCAAACUCAUCAGCAGAGUGGACACCAUCAAGAGAGAGGCAGAGGUGACUAACAUGUCAGAGGAGCUGGCCAUAUUAGAGAGCUGUCUGAAGGAGGCAGAGUCAGUAGGUGAUGGACAGGAGGGACUGGGCGAGUUUGAAGUGGACCAGUCAAGCACAGAGACGGCUAUCCACUCACUCAUCGAGAGCCUUAGAGCACGGGACUUCAGCACAGCCAUUGCUCAAGUUAAAGCCUUCAGGUGCCUGUGGCCUAAUGACAUAUUUGGCAGUGAGAGGGAUGAUGCAGUACAGACGCUGCUGCACAUUUACUUCAGGCACCAGACUCUGGGUCAGACAGGCUGUUUGGCUGUGGUGGGCCCCAGCAGGGAUCUUUCUCAGGCCAGCACACGCCUCAUGGAGCUCAACCUUCAGAUCCGUGAAGCUCUCUGCCAGACUCAGAUGCACCCCCACACACAGACGCACAUCUUGUCCCCGACCCCCACGGCCCACAUCCAGACCCAAAUCGACACGCAAAACACAGUCCUCAGCACUGGACUGUGAGAGCUUCACGAUCUCGACUCUCUUCCUCUGGGCCGGCGAGUUUGGAGAUUUUCACGUAGACUUCACCUCAAAGGGCUAAAGAAUGUGUGGCUGUUAGAUACUCAAAACUAUUACGCACGUACCAUGUUUUCCCGUCCCCCUUUCUCCAGUAGUUUAACUUCUUCAGAUGUCAGAAAAAGUACGAAGAACAGGACUGGUCAAGAACCAUUAGGAGGGACACUGGGCGAUAAUGAUGCUAAAUUUGAAGCUUUUUGGCGGAAUGACCUAUGACCUCUAGGCGGUGUCUUUUUAGAGUGAUCCGCAUCCUUCUGCUCCACUAUGCACUGGGGCAGAGAUGGGAUUUGGAGUGUUAUUGUGAGAAUCAGAGUAUCACGAUGGAUCAGCAAGACUGUCGCAU